UAUUUCGUCAAUAUAUAGCUAAUGCUCCGCUUGUUUGAAAGCGAGCCCACAUAAACCAACUAUGACUUCUACUGGGCGACGUACUCGAGACACAGUUUAGGAUAAUGUACAUGUGUUUUCAUAGAAGUGCGAAAACGGUUUACUGCCGCGUGGAUACAUUUUCAACGCCGACGAUCGUCAGCUGUGUUGUGGAUACAAUAUUGAGUGAAACUGGACUGGAACAUACAGGGAUUCUCCUGCCGCCCUGCCAUUGCCUACAGUAGGAGGUUUGGAGCCUGUUGUGUGUGUAUAAGUUCCUCACCGAUGGUUCCAUAUGAUUAAGAAUACCUGCGCCAAGAGUCUGACAGAAUGGAUGGUGUGGACCUAAAGAGACUUGCGUAUCAACAUCAACAACACUCUGUGUUUCGUUGCAGAGUAAAAUCUUUCCCCAUUUACAAGAGAACACCGCCGAUCUUACACCUUCACUCUCUGCACCGUGUGUGUAUGUAAGGUAAUCCCUGAGCAGUAAAAAAAGUCAGGGAUAGAAGUUGACAUUCUAUCUUUUUAAAGUAACGGGCAAAUAUAGAUCUACAAGCCUGUGGGAUGGACAUGGAAAUAUCCUUAUUUUAAUUAUUUCAAGAAGUGUUCCGCCUUACUCUUAGUGUGGGUGGUGGGAUGUCGGAAAAGCCAGACGACAAAAUGGUGAAGUUCCUGGCUCCCCCUCAGAAGAGUGGAAAUGGCCCCAGCUCUGGGUCAGAUUCAAUGGUCAGUGAGUGCCGACCGACAGAGGUCAGACGACGGCAUCACACCAUGGAGCGUGACAAGUGUAACCCUGAACACCGUUUCUUGCGCCGUAGUGUCAUCAGUGAUUCUAAUGCUACAGCGUUGGCCCUCCCUUUACCCAGCAAGAUCCCAAUCCCUGUACCUCAAUGGGUCCAGCUACAGGAAGCCGCUCCCCAACGGCAACAGACAGUUGCUGCUCAUUUGUUGCGAACUGAUAAAAUCUUAACUCAAAAUGAGAUGUCCAUUGAUCAUGGAAGAGGAGAAGAAAGAAAAGACAUAGAAAUAGCCAAGGUGGAUGUAGUGCCUUUAGACCAGGAGCCUGCCAUUGUACAAGAUACCUUGGAGGUGGUACAAGCGUCAAAAUCUGUACCAUGCCUUGGAAGAGAAUUGCCAAGUCGAACAGAGAAUGAAAAUAUUGCUGAAGUGAAAGUACAUCAUGAAGAGGAGGGGGAGGAAGAGGAUAAGGAUUCAGCCAGGGCACGAGCAGAGGCAGAGCAGAGAGAAGCUGAGAAAAAAGUGGAGGAUGACAUUGAAGAAGCAGAGACCAAAGCAGUAGGAACAUCACCAGAUGGGCGUUUCCUUAAGUUUGAUAUAGAAAUUGGACGUGGCUCCUUCAAGACCGUCUACAAGGGCUUGGACACUGAGACCACAGUGGAGGUGGCUUGGUGUGAACUGCAGGAUCGUAAGCUGUCAAAGACGGAGAGGCAGCGCUUUAAAGAGGAAGCGGGAAUGUUAAAGGGACUGCAGCAUCCCAACAUUGUCCGCUUUUAUGACUCCUGGGAGGGACCCUCCAAAGGCAGGAAGUGCAUUGUUCUGGUCACUGAACUCAUGACUUCUGGCACACUCAAAACAUACCUAAAGCGUUUUAAAGUGAUGAAAAUUAAAGUGCUUCGGAGCUGGUGUCGACAAAUCCUCAAGGGGCUUCACUUCCUUCAUACUCGGACUCCCCCCAUCAUCCACAGGGACCUUAAGUGUGACAACAUUUUCAUCACUGGCCCAACAGGAUCAGUGAAGAUUGGAGAUCUGGGACUGGCCACACUGAAGCGUGCAUCCUUUGCCAAGAGUGUUAUAGGUACCCCUGAAUUCAUGGCGCCUGAGAUGUAUGAGGAGAAGUACGACGAGUCAGUGGAUGUGUAUGCCUUUGGAAUGUGCAUGCUGGAGAUGGCCACCUCAGAGUACCCUUACUCAGAGUGCCAGAAUGCUGCACAGAUCUACCGCAGAGUUACCAGCGGGGUGAAGCCGGGCAGCUUUGACAAGGUGGCCUUCCCUGAAGUGAAGGAGAUCAUCGAGGGGUGUAUUCGCCAGAACAAAGAUGAGAGGUACUCAAUCAAGGACCUACUGAACCACGUAUUCUUCCAGGAGGACACAGGUGUGCGUGUGGAGCUGGCAGAAGAGGAUGAUGGAGAGAUGCAGGCGAUUAAGUUAUGGCUGAGAAUUGAGGAUAUUAAGAAACUCAAGGGGAAGUACAAAGACAAUGAAGCAAUUGAGUUUUCUUUUGACCUCAACAAAGAUGUCUCAGAAGAUGUGGCUCAAGAAAUGGUCGAAUCUGGUUAUGUGUGCGAAGGUGACCACAAGACCAUUGCAAAGGCUAUUAAGGACAGGGUGUCUCUGAUCAGCCGCAAGAGAGCUCAGUGGCAGCAGGUCCGAGAAGAUCAAGAGAAGAGAAGGUUAGAAGAAGAGAUGCAGAGUCAGUUACUGCUUGCGCAGCAACCAGGACAACAAUCCAGCACAGAGUUGCCUCAGCCAGUGCCUCAGCCUGCUCCUUACAUUUCUCCACAACCAAACCAACACAGCACACAGAUGUCUGCUCAACCUGCAUCACAGCAGAGCCUCCAGACUUCUAACUACUCGAACACUUCUCAAUCAACCUCACUGACUGCCAUGGCACAGGGGGUCCCUUAUGUCCCCCAGUCAACGGGACAAGUUCAGGGACAAGGUGUGACCACCAUCCAGCCAGAGUCGGAGGAGCUGGAGUCCGACCAACAGCUACAGCACAUUGCAGGAGCAGCUGUUUACACGGGAGACAGAUUGCCUAGUUCCUCCAUCCUUCCUGAUGCUCAGCCUCUUCAGCCUGGAGUUUCCUACAGCUCUGCUCCCUGUCAGCACCUUCAGCUGCAGGUGUCUUGUGCGCAGACACAAAAUGAACAAGUGCAACAGCAGCAACUGUCAGUGGGUCAGUCCCAGAUGCAAGGUGUCCAGCCCGAAGUUCCAGCAGCCACUAGCCAGGCUGUUCCUGUGGCACCUACACAGUAUGGAGUUUACUACCAACCAUCGCUCCCCCCUCAGAUUUCCAACCAGCAAGUGAUGAUGCCUCCAUUAUCGUCGUCCUCUGUACCCCAGCAGCAACAGGUGGAGAACAGCUCCACAGUUCAAAGCUCCACUGUACCGCAGUCACACACUGGAGCCCAGCAGCCACAGUCUUGGGCCAAUGAGCCAAGUCCUGUCCUGUCUCCUCCACUCAACGCAGAGCAUCUUUAUUUCCUCUAUCAGGCCUCGUGCCUCUCUGUUGUGCAGGCUCCUGCGAGUGUAUCUCAGUCAACACCAGAACAAUUGGCAGGAUCUUUACCUCUGCUGCCACCGUCUGUAGAAAGCUGCCUGUCAGAUGCAGCCUCCGGUCUUAGUGACGGUAAUGAUGGAAGUUCUACAUCAGGAGGUCGCCACGAGGGGCGCUCGCUAAAGCGCCACCAGAGGCGAUCCGUGCGCAGCCGCUCCCGCCACGAAAAGUCUGCAAAGGCCAAGCUGAAUGUUCUCAGUAUCUCUAAUGUGGGUGACAGAGUAGCAGAGUGCCAGCUGGAAACUCACAACAGGAAGAUGGUGACCUUCAGAUUUGACCUAGAUGGCGAUAAUCCAGAGGAGAUUGCACAGAUCAUGGUUGAGAGUGAGUUUAUCUUGGAGUGUGAGCGAGAGUCCUUCAUUGAGCAGGUUCGGGAAGUCAUCGAAAUGGCUGAUGAGAAGGGAGAGAGGAUAAAGGAAGGCUUUCCUCAGUUGAGUGACCUUCAACAGCAGCCUGAGCUGUCCAUCCCCAUGCUGCCAGGUAUUUCUCCCAGUACAACGGCCCAGGUGGUGCAUUCAGCAGGACGAAGGUUUAUCGUCAGCCCGGUGCCAGAGUCUCGUCUUAAAGAGCAGUUCUUUGGAGCUCCUUCAGCUAAUAACUCCUUUGGAGAUGACUCUGCCCCUGCUCCCCCUAUAACGUUGGGCCUUUCUCUGUCUGCUCCAUCUGGGCUCCUCCAGCAGGCUUUAAGUAACAUGAAGAUGCAGACUCGUGAAGAGAGAGCCAACACCCUUGAGCCCUCUGCUGCUGAGCAGGAACCAUGCUCUGUCCCGUCCACUGAGCCUGGACUCGGCCCAAACUCCAACAAUGUCCUGGCUCCUCUGGAAGCUUUAGCUUCCACUGCUAGCCCAAACUUUCCUGCCACGUCUACUGUAACAUCCUCACAACCUGUGAAAGUUUCCCCUCCACCUUUAUCCACUCAGCCCCAAACACCUGCUCCAGUCAUCAAUGAUCCCAGUCCACCCCCCCAGUCUUCCCAUGAAACACCUCCCUCACAGCUUCCAUCGGCGACCAGUAUCCCUCCUUCAACUACCACUAUUUCACCUGCAUCCACGCAAAACUCCGUCCCUGCAGUACCUGGGCCUCAGACGAACAGUAGCUCUGUCAGUGUUUCUUCUGGAUCUGGUGCUCCAUCUAGUUCUGGUAGUGGUAGUGGUAGUUAUAGUGCUGUACCUGCUUCAGAGCAGCAGCCUUUCAGUAGUGCUGUUACAUCUUCUCAGCCUAUGAAUGCAUCCAUCCAUCCUCCCGCCCCAUCAACCAAUCAGAGUCAGGUCCAAGGACAGCCGGUAGAGUCAGAAGGGGCUGAUCUCCAGUCAAAGAAUGCUGGUCGAGAUGACAUCCAAGCUCUAGAUAAGAAACUACGGUCUCUCUUCAAAGACCAGAGCUCUGCAUCCUCAGCGUCAAUGGAUCCUAGUCAGAGCACAGGGACCUCCUCUCCUACCCCGGGGACUGCUUCCCCGCCACCAGGAACUGUCAUGGUGCCUCCAUCAAACCUUUCCCUCACCUCUGGGGCUCAAGGUGUCCUUGGCAGCACAACCACCCCAGGACAGGGUAUUACCCCAUCAGGACAUACACAUACCCCUCCGAUGAAGCCCAGGGCACAGACUUUACCUACUGGUUUUGAUCAAGCUGCUACACCUCCCUUGGAAAUUAUACCUCCAUUUCCUGGACCAAAUCAGUCACAUCAACCACUGGGUAAUUUGGAUGCACAGUUAAGGAGAGCUCUGAGCCCUGAGACUGUUCAGGGUGGAAACAGAGUCCAACCUCCAGGAGCAGGUUUCACUCUGGGACGUUUCCAAGUUUCUGCUGCAACAGAUGAUUCAUCCAGCAGCAUUCCCGAUCCCUGCAACGUGGUAUCCUCUUCCUCCCUCACACCAUCCUCUACCUCCUCUUCCUCUUCCUCCUCUUCCUCUUCCUCACCCUCGAGUCCAGAGAAUACACUCCACAGGUUGUCAUCUUUGCCCAAAGUUGCUUGUGAAACAGACUGCAUAAAUGGAGCUUUGUCUUUCUCUGCCGAUCCCGUCGGUCAGCCCACGACUAUUGGGCGUUUCCAAGUGUCCACGAGCAGUAACGUCACAUCUGAAUCCACCACUGGCUCCAAAGUGGGACGUUUUUCAGUCACAGUAACUCCAGCUCCAGCGACAGGCUCUAGUCUAUCACAGGAUUCUGCUCAGCAGAACGGGCCCUCAUCCUCAUCCUCUGACCCCCACAAUGCUCACAGCCAUUACAGCAGUGACAACGACGACUCUGAGACAGAGGACGAUGCCUUGCAGAAAGAAAUUAGCCACCUGAGAGAAAAACAUAUGAAGGAGCUUCAGGUCUUACAGUCUCGUCAGAAGGAGGAGAUAGAGGCUCUGUUUGUCCGCAUAGGAAAACCACCCCCUCCUUCUGUCUUCUCCCCUGCUGUGGCCAUGGCUGGAGGUCGACGUAGGCUGAAAAGCAAGAGUCAUAAAUCUGCUCGCAGUAGUGGCCAACCCAGUCCCAAUCACUCUGGAUCGUCUCCUAAGCACAGUUCCCCCUCUCCAUCAGAAGCUUCCGAAACUGCAACAGAGGCAUCAUCACAAGCAGCUGGCAGAUCAGACCAGCAGCUACGAUCCUCUCCGUCCAUGCCCAGCCUCAGUGGCUGCUCCACAGGACCAAUUGGAUCCAGCGUCAGUAACGGUUCAGGUCACUGUCAGAACCAUUCUUCUUCACUGACCCAGGUGACUGGAGCUGCUGCUUCUGGCUGUCUCACCCAGAAAGGCAAAGGCACCUUCACUGAUGACUUUCACCAACUGGUGGAUAACUGGGCCAGAGACGCCAUCAACCUGUCCCAGUGUAAGAGAGGUCCUAAAACUGGAGCACAGGCGGUACUGGGACAUGAUCUAAUCCCUCCAGCCAACAUGGGGCGUAAAUUCUCAGCCCCAGGUUACCUUUGCCCGACACUUCCCACACCUUCCAACACCACAUCCACCACCAACACUCACCUUAGCAGCUCAGCCAGUCCGUCCGUCUCUAUGGGGCCUCGUACAGGCUCUCUGGGCCCUGUUCCCCAGGGGUUUGGAUAUGCUGCUGCUCCAUACAGUGCUUCUCAGUGGGCAGGACCCACAGGCACAAGCCAGGUCAGCAUGCUUAACCCUGCACAGCCACCAUCACAGUACCAGCCGCCUACAACAGCCUCUGUGUCCAUGCAGCAAGGCUACCACAUGGGAACCACGCCUGCACCUCAGAAAUCAGCCAGUCACGGAGGACCCAACUUGAGGCCUACGUAGCCCAGUCAGAGCGGAGAGACGGGACAGUCGUUGAUCGAAAAACCACUAGCUCUCUUAACAGCUUCGCCGGCUGUGUCAUGCUUCUUUUCUUUUUUUUAUUAUUAUAUUUCUUUUAUUAUUUUGUGUAAUGAGUGGACUUGUGUCCUCUCAGGCAGAACAAAAUCUGUUAUUGGAGGGAGAGUGCAAUACACAUCCACGGCACAGAAAGUGUCCCACUUAGCCUGCCGUUAGCUGUGGAUCCGAGCUGUGACGAGUUAGUCGGUUGUGUCUGCUAAUGUAACGACCCAAACGCAGAACCAAAAUCGGCCAAAGAUGCUUGCUUUUUUUUCUUUGAGAGCAGACAUUGUCAUGUGAUCCCUUUUUGAAGAAGAGGUGGAGGUGGGGGAGGGAUUCUGGGUGAUAUCCUCGCUGGUUCUGACGUAAAGCUGAACUGGCACUGAAGAAUGUUGAGUUAAUUACUCAACAACAGACACACGUAUACACACACACACACACACACACACACACACACACACACACUGUCCUGACGAAACAUUGACCUAUUUAAGUGAGUUCGAGUGGUAGGUUGUGUUGUUAUUGAGACUGUGAGUGUUAGUAAGUGGAGGAUUGGAGUGGGACAGUUGGAGAAUUAGAUCUGUGGCAGUUGUUGAAUGCAGCUGUUGAACUGGGACUGAGAGGGAAAAAAAAUGCUGUGGGAACAAAGAUGGACCAUGGCGAGCCGCUGUAUUAAGGGAAUUG